GGUAUUCACGGUAUCCAACGGAUGAUGCGAUUGUAGACGAUGAGCCCAUUCGUGGUCUAGUUUCAUCAAACCAUGCAAACAUCUGGACUGCAUUGGACUGCAUUGGACUGGACUGGUAUAAAUUGGAUUCAUUGGAUGUAUCGUAUCGGUAUGUAUUGUCGGCGUCGGCUUAUUUUUAUGCACUCAUUCACGCAUCUGCAGCCAUUUUAGUUUCAUAUUCAAAACCACCCCGCCUAAAAAAGUAUCAACCCUCUUUCGACGAGAGGCGACAAAAAUGGGAGAAGGAGAAUAUUUCCUUUCUUCCACUUCUCUCGGGAGUAUCAGAUGAGAAUAGAAUAUUCCUCUCGACCCAGAUUAUAUACUCGCAUCAUAGUACCUAAAACCCACCUGGGUAUCGUCUCUAGAUCUGGGCGCAAAGAUGGACCCCGCAAUCAAAUCCGAAUUGGAGAAAUAUGGCGACGACGUUCCUUUCCGCGCAGUAACAAACCAUACACAGUCAACAUGGGCAAGAACAUUUCACUCGUCUCCCGAAUUGUUCAUUCAACCGCAAUCUAUCGCCGAAGUCGAAAAGGUGGUCAAUCUUGCGCGAAGAUGUAGACGCCGAAUUACAACUGUAGGAUGUGGUCAUUCUCCUUCCAAUAUUACUUGCACAUCGAGCUGGCUCAUCAAUCUGGAUAAUUUCAACAAAAUCCUAUCUGCGGACCGGGAAACAGGCGUGGUGGUUAUGCAAAGUGGCAUUCGAUUGUAUUCCGUGGGUGAACAACUUGAUGCUGUCGGUUUGGCCAUGCCAAAUUUGGGUAGUAUUAAUCACCAAUCGAUUGCUGGGGCUAUUUCGACAGGAACUCACGGAAGUACUUUACGGCAUGGUAUCUUGUCAAGUUCGAUCUUGGAAUUGAAGAUUACUCUUUCGAAUGGUAAAACGGAAACUUGUUCACCAGAUCAAAAUGAGGAACUCUUUCGCGCGUCUCUCAUUUCUUUGGGAGCAAUCGGUAUCAUUACAGAAAUUACUUUCCAAGCCGUCCCAGCUUUCACUCUUUCAUGGGAACAAACCGUGGACACAGAUCUUCGAAUGAUGAAUAACUGGGAUAAAACACUUUGGACACAAACCGAAUUUGUUCGAGUGUGGUGGUUUCCUUAUACAAGAAGAGCAGUUGUUUGGGCUGCUGAAAAGACAGAUUUGGCUCCCAUGCCUCCUCCAAAAUCGUAUUAUGAUGCUUGGUUAGGAUAUCACGUCUACCACAAUCUUCUUGCCCUAGGACAUUACGUUCCAAGUAUUCUUCCAUGGGUAGAAUGGUUUGUCUUUGGUAUGCAAUAUGGAUUUGCAAAUGGUUCCAAGAGUUCUGCAAUUCAACCAUCUCGUCAAGCUCUCCUGAUGAAUUGUCUUUACUCGCAAUUCGUUAACGAAUGGGCAAUUCCAAUUUCCAAAGGUCCAGAAGCUUUAAAGAGAUUGAGUUCGUGGCUUAACCAUCUUACUCCAGAUGAUCCAGAUUACGUUGCACAUGGUAUUCCUUAUUCAGCAGAAGGUUUGUAUGUUCACGCACCUGUCGAAGUUCGCGUCACAGAAACAAGCAAUAGUCUUACCCCUCGUCCACAUCUUGAUCCUACAUGCACAGAAGAAGCAACUCUCUACCUAAACGCAACUCUCUAUCGUCCAUAUGAUAUGGAUCCACCAUGCCAUGCAAGAUAUUACCAAGGAUUCGAAUUUCUGAUGCGAGAAUUAGGUGGUAGACCUCAUUGGGCUAAGAAUUUCGAAACUACAGGUGAAGAUAUUGAAGCUAUGUAUGGAGAGAAUUUGGAGAACUGGAGAAGGAUUAGAAAUGAUGCGGAUCCGGAAGGUAUGUUUGUAGGAGAAUGGCAUAGAAGAUUCAUUUUAGGAAAUGGAUCUAGACUAGCGCUUGAAGAGGUGGAAACUGGCAGGAAGAAGUUUAGAAAGGGGGGUGUCUUGGUUGAGGGUGUAGUUGGUGGGUUUAAAGAUGAGGAGGACGAGGGAGAGGGAAGCGAGAGUGGAGAGAGUUUUGAUAUGUUGAGGGCUAGCGAGAUGAAGUAGAAUAUCCAGGAAAGCGGAGGAAUAGGUCUUUUUGUUUGUUUUUAAGUAAUAGCAUAACCUAAGCAUUGCAUUGUAUUGCAUUUGCGGAAUUGAAGUUGAAAUCGGAAUGAGAAUCCAUGAUAUCAUAUCAUAUACAUGAAUAGUCUUUGUGGUUAAACAGAUACAACAUGGAGUACUCACUUAAAGGUUAAUCCCCCCCGCCCCUCCCUAUCUCUCCUCCUACA